AAGUUUCUGAUCAGCGUAUUUUCACUUUUGAACAACAGGGAUUCCGACAGAUGAAGAGCAAGCGACUGGUAUAGAAAAGAUGAUCAUGCAGGCUAUGAAAACUGGAAAGGAUCCCUUCAAUAUGUUGAAGCCCAAGGAAUAUGCUGGGACCAAGGACGAUCCUCACAUCGUACCAUCUGUCACCAACAAGAGGCUUGUAGGCUGCGUUUGUGAGGAAGACAAUACUGCAGUUAUCUGGUUUUGGCUUCAUGAGGGAGAUGCUCAGCGCUGCCCUUCCUGUGGGGCUCAUUACCAACUGGUACCCCACCAUCACUGAACGAGGACAGUGUAGGGUACAGUCGGUUUACUCAGCUGCAUUCCAUGGAUCUCACUUGGUGUUUGUGGUUUGGGACUCAACGUUGUACACUCCGUUGUUAGUCACUAUAUUCUUGUAGAAAUAGAAAAUAUUAAAAAUCAAAUUUACCUGUC